AUGACCGAGACCGGAGCGCCAAGCAGCAAGGCGGUCCUGACGCUGCUCUCGGCGCUACCGCUCCCGUCGGCGGCGCUCGCCGAGCUGGUAUUGCAGCAGUCGCCGUUCGCGCACCCGUCGCGCCUGCCCACGUCGGCAGUCAACAAGUUUCUCGCGCGGCUCAACGCGGCCGUGGGCGCGCGCGACCCGGGCGCGUGCGAGCUCGCCGGGGCAAUAAUCGAGCAGGACACGGAGGGGUACGCGUCUGCGCAGAGCGGAAAGAACUGGAUGGGCGCGGCGCUCGGCGCGCUCGCUGCCCCCGCGACGCCUGUCUCCGCGCUGCCAGCGUACCUCUCCCUCGCGGGCGCGCUCGUCGCCGCCGCGCCGUUCGCGCCCACGCUCGAGCGCGAGGUUGUCCAGCCGUCGCUAGGCAAGCUGGCCAUCUCGCUCUCGCGCCUCGUCGAGCGGCUCGUCCCUGCCGCCGAGUGGGCAGGCCUGCACGCCGUCCUCGCCGCCCUCCGGACCCUGCUCAUCGCCAACCCGGCCCCGUUCCGCCCCACAACGGCGACGCUCCGCUCAAUCCUCACCGCGCUCCUGCUCCGCAUCCCGCCCGCGCUCGCGCCCGAGCCGAUCAUCCUCGCCGCCGCCGAGACGCUCGCCGUCUUCCACCUCGUGGCGGGCAAGGCUGGCGCGCCGGCCGCAUGGGGUGCCGACGUCAAGGACGCGCUCGGCGGGUUCGCCGCCGGCGUGGCUGGCCUCGCGGCCGACGCGUGGGCUGAGGAGGCGCCGCGCGCGACCCCGUUCCCCUCGCCUGCGACACUCCCCCCGCUGCCUGUCGACCCGACCGCGCGGGCAGAGGCCGCUAUCGCCUGGGUAGAGGGUUACACCGAGCUCGUGCUCGCACUGCUCCGCCUGCCUAGCGCCCGGCCGGUGCCCGUCCCGCUCGUCCAGGUCGUGUCGUGUGCGCUGCGCGCCGUCAACCUGACCUUUGAGACGCCCGUCGCCGAGCACGUCUCGCCCGUUCACCACGCCGCGCUGCUGUCCGCCAUCCCGCGCCUCAACACCGCCGGUCUGCUGCUCCUCGGCCAGGCGGCCCUGUCCUGCGGCGACCAUCUCCUCCCCCACCUCACGGCGAUUCUCGAGCACACGGUGUACCUCCUCGAGACGACGCCGAGCUACAUGGCCGACGCGCGCGCCAAGCUCCUGCUGUGGCACACAAUCUGGCUCGAACAGUACCCCGCUGCCAUCUUGCCGACCGAGUACGUCACCCGCCUGCUGCGCUUCGCCCUCGGCGUCAUCGGCACGGCGCUCGACUCCAAGCCCACCACCGCGGUGCCCGUGCACCAGGGCAAACGCGGCAAGAAGCGCGGCCGCGGCGCCGAGGACGCGCUCGUCGGCGGCCUCGAGGGCCGCGCGCCCAAGCCCGUGUCCAAGGCCGACGCCGAGGUCAUCCUCGCCGCACUCGAGCUCACCCCGCUCCUGCACUCGGCGCCGCUGCUCUCGCCGGCCCUGCUCAACUUUUCCAUCCGGCUCCACCUGUCGCUGUUCCUCUCGCUCCCCGGCCGCAUUGCGUCGUUUGCCGACAAGGCAUCGCACCUCGAGCUGGAGCGCGCGGUGACUGCGGCGCUUGAGCACGUCGCCAUCAUGAACGAGGGGUCGGGCGGCACGUCGCGCGACAUCCGCGUGCUCCUGCUCUCCCUCCUGCCAACGUUCAAGACCGAGGCGUCCCGCCAGGCCUUCUCGCUCCUCCUCCACCCGGCCCUCCCGCCCAUGGCGCGCCCUCUGCCCCCGCUCUCGCAGCUGCACUACUUUGCCCCCGAGUCGGACGAGGAGAAGAAGAUCCGCAGGGAGAUGGGCUUCUUCACGGCUGAUGAGGUGGCCGGAGGUGCAGGGCAGGACGAGUCGGACGACGAGGAGAUGGCCGUGGACGACUGGGCGUCGGCGCCACCUGCCAAGGUGCAGGUUGUGGCGGCGGCGGCGGCGGUCGCUGCGCCUGCGCCUGUGUUCGUGCCCGCACCGGUUGUUUUGCCUGUGGUCCAGGCGGCGCCAGUGGUCCAGCAGGCUGCGCAGCCUCUGGUGCAGCCGUUAGCUGUUCAGCCUGUUGCCCCAGCGCCGCCCGUUGUGACUGAGGCGUCUGUCGCCGCUACUCCCGCGGCGUCGUUCAUGUCUGCGCCGUCCGCUUCGUCCUCAAAGCCGGUGGCGCCAGAGCCAGCAGCCGCUCCAGCCUCUGCUCCCGCCGCGGCGGACGACGACGAAGACGACGACAUGAUCCCCGAGCUGGACAGCGGGAGCGAGGACGACGACGAGGACGAUGACGACGAGUAG